UUAUUCUGAAUUUUCUAAAAGCCCUUUGUCCAGUUUUGGAAUGAUCAGAUUUUAAAUUGGAGUGCUUCAUUAUUGUAACAUGUUGUGUGUCUCUCUCUUGCGUUCCAGGGCUUACUCCCUCGUGGAUUCUAGUCAAGUAUCUACGUUCCUAAUUUCCAUUCUUCUCAUUGUUUACGGCAGCUUCAGGUCCCUGAACAUGGACUUUGAGAAUCAAGACAAGGAAAAGGACAGUAGCAGCUCGGCAGGGUCCUUCAAUGGCAGCAGCACCAAUAACAGUAUCCAGACCAUUGACUCGACACAGGCACUCUUCCUACCCAUUGGGGCAUCCGUGUCUCUCCUGGUUAUGUUCUUCUUCUUUGACUCAGUUCAGGUGGUUUUUACAAUAUGCACAGCAGUCCUUGCAACAAUAGCCUUUGCUUUCCUCCUGCUCCCGAUGUGCCAGUAUUUAACACGACCUUGUUCACCUCAAAACAAGAUUUCCUUUGGCUGCUGUGGGCGUUUCACCGCUGCUGAGCUGCUCUCCUUCUCUCUCUCUGUGAUGCUCGUCCUCAUCUGGGUCUUAACUGGGCACUGGCUUCUCAUGGAUGCUCUGGCAAUGGGCCUCUGUGUUGCAAUGAUUGCCUUUGUCCGACUGCCGAGCCUUAAGGUCUCCUGUCUGCUGCUAUCGGGGCUAUUAAUUUAUGAUGUCUUUUGGGUCUUCUUUUCUGCCUACAUCUUCAAUAGCAAUGUUAUGGUGAAAGUGGCCACACAACCGGCAGAUAACCCUCUUGAUGUUUUAUCUCGGAAGCUUCAUCUCGGACCCAAUGUUGGUCGAGAUGUCCCCCGCUUGUCACUGCCUGGUAAACUUGUCUUUCCAAGUUCUACAGGCAGUCAUUUUUCUAUGCUGGGAAUUGGAGAUAUUGUGAUGCCAGGCCUCCUGCUUUGCUUUGUUCUCCGUUACGACAACUACAAAAAGCAAGCUAACGGUGAUUCCUGUGGCACCCCAGGUCCUGGGAACAUUUCUGGUCGUAUGCAAAAAGUCUCCUACUUCCAUUGCACUCUCAUUGGAUACUUUGUAGGGCUCUUAACAGCGACGGUGGCAUCUCGCAUCCACCGGGCGGCCCAGCCGGCCCUGCUGUACCUGGUGCCCUUCACCUUGCUGCCACUCCUCACUAUGGCCUAUUUAAAGGGUGAUCUGCGUCGCAUGUGGUCGGAGCCGUUCCAUUCAAAGUCCAGCAGCUCGCGUUUCUUAGAGGUAUGAUGGAGCAGAUGGAAAGUGACCGAACUUCUGCCUGGUCCUUUUUUCGCUCACAGCUUGGUUGACCGUGCCUGAGGCUGGGCUGGUACUUAGGAGAAUUGCCAGUUUGUGGAACUUGUACAGAUGGACUUGCUGUAUUACAAGGAGGAGAGUGCAAAGCCGUAGGGGCCUCCUUCCUUGCAACUGGAGAGGGUUUGCCACGGCAGCCACGCGCCCCGGCUUCCUUCCCCUCCCUUCCUUCCUCUCCUGUUUACAGAUUAGUGCCAGACCAUCAGGUGUUCCUGAGAGGAGGAAGAGACAGACUUUGUAAGAAAACGGCUCAGAGUCGUUGAGGAACUUGUGAACACUACAAGGAAAAAUGGCCACAGCACUUGGAGUUUCUUGGAAAACCCCAGCAGUACUUUGGAACCAGUUUUUCUGUUGGACUCCAGUUUCAGAAAGAACUGAGACAAAAUUUCUUCUCUCACUGUACUCUUUUUUUUCCUUUUCCGUUUAUAUUUUCUGUGGUGUGAGACGACCUACGAAAUCCACAGACAUUGAGUGACUUCUUGCCGUACACCAGAUGAAAACUUCGUUGUAACAAGUUACAUUUCCACCCUGAUACCAUAAUGCAGUGAAUAAGAGCACGACACAUGACACACACACGCACACACACUCCUACACUCAUCCUCCUUUUGUACAUCCAUACGGGCAUGCACAUAUAGCAUAUAUAUGUGUGUGAACACACACACAGACACACACACACACCACACUGCAAGGGUAAAAUCUGCUAGGAUCAUGCUUCGUAGCUGACAGGGGCUUGCUGUAAUUUUUAGCAUGUAGAACAGUUGACAAUGGCUUUCUUGUAUAUGGAUCUGCAAAUAGGCUGAUGCCUCUCCUUGUUCCCCUCCAUGAGUGAAGCUUCAGUUUUUGUUUUUGUUUUUUUUUUUAAGUGUAGUAUGUUGUACUGAGUGUCCUCCUGGAUUUUAGGGGAUUUUUUGAUUUGCAAUCAAUGUAGCAAACUUAGGGGAGGAAGAAUGCUGAAGCCUUUUCCUUCCUGCCCCGUUUUGUUUGUGGGUUUGUUUUUUACAACUUGUCCAUUACAGUUUUUAGUAGCUCUCUUCUUGACCUAAUGCAUGUAUUAUAGCAGCUGUUGUCUUUGUGUGUUCUGAUCAUAGUAAUGUAUGACUUGUAAAUACAUUUUUUCUAUUUUCUAUUUUUUGGUAAUUUCUUUUGCAUUGUUUCAUUAGUGUGUUGUAUUUCCCCCCAUUACCCAGUGUUUAAAAGGGGGGGACCCCAUCCUCUGCUGUUGUGAUUGGUCAACGUUUAUGAUGACUACUUUGUACCUGGGAGUCUCUUAAAACAAGGACUUUUCUAAACAAAUUGUCCAGGUUCUGUUGUGUUAACUGUUACAGAUCAGCUGUUUCAAAGUUUCCCAGGAUAAUUAUCUCUUUCUGAUCAAAAGAAAAGUUUCUGGUUUUCUAUUUGAAAGGUCUGUGCCUGUGAAAUUUCAAAUCUCAGUAGGUAACAUGCCUUUAUUAGGCUUGUUUUUAAGGAGUUGGACCUGAGGUGGUCUUUGUUCUUCAGUCCUGCCUGGACAGUCUUCUCCUUACAUGCUGCUCUCCCUCAGUGUUUCCUUUCUCAGUUCCCCAAUACUGUUGCCUUCAUGUCCAACUUGAGAGCUUCCCAGAAGCAUCUGGUUGGGCUUCUCUAGGAAAUGGCAUUGUGGACACCAUUCACUCUGAUCCAGUAGAGCUCCUCCAUGUUUACAGGUUAGAAGACACCUUGAGAAGUGAUACAGGAUCACAAGUUCUUAAAUUAAGGAAGCCCCUUUUGAUUUCUUUUCUACAUGUAUAUUUCAUGUUUUCUCCAUCCUGGAACUACAGGCAACUUUACUUCUAACCAAGCCCUGACCAGACUAAGAUUUGCUUGACUUUAUAAAGGUGGCUGCUUCUGUUGUCUUUACACAGGGUCCUGGUCAAGCAGUCUGUCUGAAGCAUGUUGAAAUUUUUGGUGUAGUUUUCUGUCCAGACAAAUUGAGGACUACUGUAAUUUCCAGACAAAUCUAGCUUUUGUACGGUGUAUUGAAGUCUCACAGUUUGGUUUGGUUGGCUGAUUGGAAUUGAUCCUAAGAAUAUCUGCACGUUUCUCACACUAGACUCCUCAGGCCGAAGUCUGCUUCAUCUUGAUGUUUGCUUGCUUUACACUUUAGUUGUAGUUCUUCAAUCUUACAUAUGCAAGCUUGUUUUUUACGAUUUUACUAUUUGAAGAGCACAGACCUUUGGAAAAGGAACCGCCUUUAAAAGAAAGUUUAUUUUGCAUUUGUUCAGUUCAUAGGGCAGGGAUUCACUUCCAAAUACAGACUCUCUUAAAGCUUUCAUUAGCAGUGUGUAUCUGUGUGCAUUUACAUAUGUGACACAGUGAUGAAGACAUUUUCAGGUUGCUCGCCUGCAGAGAGGCAAGGUUUUUAUUAAGGGAACAAAAUUCACCUCAUGCAUCCAGGCCACCAAUUUUGUAGGCUGAAUCUCUGCACCCCCUCCUCCCCACAAACCGCCCUGGACUACCAAACGGUGGAGAAUACGGCUCUUGGGUGUCUGGUGGCAGAGGAGGGAGCGGCGGCCUGAGAUGCUGGGGCUGGAUUUUGAAACUGCUCACUGGAAUCCCAAGAGCUUUUCUCAUUCGAAAGCUCUUGUCACUUUCAAUCAUUUUUCGAUUAUCAGAGUUAAUUUUCUUGUUAUCAACUAAACAACAGUUUGAUGUAAUCACUCCUUGUCUUAAAAAUAUUUUUGGUGCUCCUAGGAGAAUUUACUCAUUUCCAUGGAGAAUUGGUGUAAGAUGCAGGUUAUAAGAAAGUCUGAGGGACGUUUUGAAGCCUUGGUAAUAAUUUGUUGGGCCUUUCUUGACUGGCUUUAAUGGCCAGGGGAUUGGCAUGUGGGAAGCACUUCUGUCCACUCUGGGCAGCAGGAAUUCAUUAAGGGCCCGGAGGCAGCCGGAAAGCCUGCGCACGAAGGGCGUCUCUGGGUAGAUCGGCCCCCCUCGCUCCAGGCCCUUGAGAUGUGUUGGGUUAUGGUGACCAGGAUUUUCAGCUGCAUGGGAAGCGCAUAUGUGAUGUUUAUUUUGCUCUGCUCAGACCAUGCCUUUCUAUAAAAUGUUCCCAAUGUAUGCAUAUUUUUAAACCAUACUUUUUAAAAGUCAUAUUUUUACAAGUCCAUUAAAAAAGCAGCUCCAAAGUGGAUGCUAUAAUUGUACUAUAAUUAACAUCCCAGCAUCUUAUAAAGUAUAUAUUAAUUUGUGCUUGUGGUUCUAAUUUAUUUAAUGAGAUGUGUAGA